GGGUUCCGCGUUCGGCCCCGCUCGCGUCCCUCUUCCGUUCGCCGGGCUCUCGGCCUCAGCUCGGCUUCCGUGAGCCGCGCCUCCCCUGUGCUGAGGCCGCGUGCUGCCCAGCGUGUCCCUGUCCCUACACGUGCCUCACAGAGGGACGGCCGGUUUCGGCUCUGCGCUGCCGAAAGGCGUUCUGCUGUAUGGUUUCUGGCCGGUCUGGGUUUGAUCCUACAAAGCAGUGAAAAAGUACUUAAUUAAAAAAAAAAAAAGGAAAACAAAGGAAAAAAACAAAACAAAACAACACCACGACCAAGUAGGCCUAGUGGAUGUGGUGACUUGUUGCCAAAACGUGGUCUUUGUUGGUGUCUGCAGAUGCUGCUGUGCGUUUUGGCGUAUGGAGGAGUAGCUUAGUUUCACUGGAGAAGCCCUUCAAAUCAUAACCCGUCUGCUCUGCCAGAUAGCCUGCCAGCAUUGCUGCCAUCGCUGUGCUUAAAGCAUAGGGAUGAGACGGUUGUGCCUCUCUACUACUGAAAGGAUAAACUCCGCACUGUGCCUGUGUCUGAUAGCAACGUGAGCGUUUAAUCCAGAUCUGUGACUUAAGAAGAGAGCUCGGUGCGUUGCCUUGUGCUUUCCUGUCACCUCUGUGCUGCUGAGGCCAACGUCACUUGGCCCUUGUCUCUGCUUGCCUCAUCUGGAAUCAGCCAUGGCCGAAGACUCUCAAAGAAACUUCCGCUCCGUCUAUUAUGAAAAAGUGGGGUUUCGUGGAGUUGAAGAAAAGAAGUCACUGGAAAUUUUGUUAAAAGAUGACCGAUUGGAUAUUGAGAAGCUUUGCACCUUCAGUCAGAGGUUCCCUCUCCCAUCCAUGUAUCGUAUACUGGUGUGGAAGGUUCUUUUAGGAAUUAUUCCUCCUCACCAUAAAUCUCAUGCUCUGGUGAUGAACUACCGGAAGGAGCAGUACUGGGAUAUCCACCAUGCUCUUCAUGUAAUUCGUUUUAUCAAUGACUCUACCCCACAGGUAGAUGUUUUCCUCCGCAUACAUCAACUGGAAUCAGGCAAAUUGCCUCGAAACUUGGCUUAUCCUUUGGAACCAGAAGAUGAAGUGUUUCUUGCAAUUGCUAAGGCAAUGGAGGAAAUGGUGGAGGAUCCUAUAGAAUGCUAUUGGCUUGUCAGUUGCUUUGUGAAUCAGCUUAACAGCAAGCACAAAGAUUCAUUACAACAACUACCAAAAAUUCUGGAGCAGUAUUUAAACAUUGAAGACAGUAGGCUUCUGAUGCAUCUGAAGGCAUGUGCUGCGAUGAGCAAGCUCCCUUAUGAUCUCUGGUUUAAGAAGUGUUUUGCAGGCUGUUUACCUGAGUCCAGUUUACAGAGGGUUUGGGACAAAGUUAUUAGUGGAUCCUGCAAAAUUCUUGUUUUUGUUGCUUUGGAGAUAUUGUUAACCUUUAAAAUGAAGAUAAUCGUGCUGACCACUGCAGAAAAGAUCACCCAGUUUUUGGAAAAUAUUCCUCAAGAUAACACUGAUGCUAUUGUCAGCAAAGCUGUAGAUCUGUGGCGCACACACUGUGGGACUCCAGCACACUCUGUCUGACAACUUUCCCCACUUACAACAGCUUGGAAAAAAAAAGCAUUUAAAAAGUUUCCUCUUGCUGUUCUUCCCUCUUUGUGGUGUAAUGUUCUUCCUUUCCUCUCCAAUUUGAAGAUGCUAUUAAAGCAUUUCACGGCAUAGCGAUCAAUGUUUUUCAAUAAAUAUGGAUGGAGUGAAAAUACUGAGUGGUGAUAUGAUGAUGCCUAGGGCAUUUUAAUCCAGCCAGCUACACUAUUCUGAUUGCACAGUGUGUUCUAUGGCUUUUGGGGAAGUAAAUGUAACUCCUGGAGCAAGGUGAGUAGGCUGACUUGUAGAAAAUACUUCUGUAUGCCAGCUUAUACUUGAUAGAACUAGUUACUACUUGGAGGGGCUUUUAAGGUGAAUGCAUAGUAUCUCUUAUUUUGCUGGAACUCAGUGGUGAACAAAGCACGUUCCUUUGCUGGAAAUUUAAAAGUACUCUAUCAAAACCAUAGAUUUUCAGGUAAAUGCAAAAGAGGCAUCACGAAUUUGAGACAGAGAAAGACAUCACAGUGAGCAGGUGAGUCGUAUUUUUCUGAAAUAUCUUAGAAGUGCUUUCUUCCUGUCUGCCAGUGAACUGUUAUGGCUGUAUUUUGUUUGUGCUCAGUGAAAAAUACUCUUGAAAGAUGCUCAGUGGUUUGGCCAAAUUAAAUUUUACUGUGCAAAUAAUGAAGAGCUUUUCUUUCUCAUAAGUUUGUAGUCAAUACUGCAAUCUUAAGGCUUGAGAGAGGAGGAGGCAUCUUUGGAGUAUCUGGAUAUUUGGAUAGUAGAUGUACUGAAGAAUUAUUAUUUGAAAAGAAAACACUGCUAUGUGUAAAGCAGGAGCUUUGGCCACCUGCUGGUUUCCUCAUUUUAUAAUGGCAAAAUGAUGUGGUCAGUAAGUCCUCAUCUCAUUUAGGUUCAUGAUUUGAAAUGUUUCUAAGGGAGGUUGUGUCUGAGACGGGACCUGUCCUGUUCAGCUUCUUUAUCAGUGAUGUAGGACAAGUGAUGGAGUGCUUAUUCCAUUUAACAUCUGCAGGUGAAACCAGACUGAGUGUUGAUUAUCAGGUGAUACAGCAGUGGCAGGACUGUAGGUGUAAGCUGAAAUGAGGGCUUUCAGGCUAUAGGGAAAAAUUUUUCCCCCAUGAGGACAGUCAAGCAGUAGAUACAGCUCAUAGAAAUUGUACAGUUUCCACUUUUGGGAGAUUUCCAAGUUCCAACUGGUCAUGUUCCUGAGCAGUUUGGUCUUACCCCUUAGCAGGCCUUGCUUUGAGCAGCAGGUUAGAUGAGAGGCACGCAGAGUCCUUUCCAGCCUGAUGUACCUUGUGAUCUGUCCUAUACUGAAGUGUAACUUUAGGCAAGUAUGGAAGAAAUCAGUGAAAGGAGUAAUUAUAAUUCAGAAUUACAGGCAAGUAAUAAAAAUACCACUAAGCAUGACUCAGGGACUACAUGGAUAUUUCAUAUUUACUGCAUUUAUUUGUUGUGGCUUGAAUUUCUUGUUGUUUUAUGCUUGUUUGGUUUAGUUUUCAGAAUAAGUUAGACGCAGAAAUGUAAUUUAUGAUGCAGGUAAAAGCAGAGAGUGAUUGGCCACAUGUGCAGGUUGCUGGAGAACUAAUCCUGUAGAAGUGUAAAAUUACAUUUCCACACCUCAUACAGACCACAGAAUCAUGUAUAAGAAUACCUUACUUAGUUAUUUGACUCAGAGGUGCUUCUAUGCCAAGUACAUUUGCUGCUCCUCAGAGAGUGUAUUUAGUUUGUACUCGGGGCAGACUUCAGAUGCUUUAGACAUUUAAACUUGUUUCAAACUAGGUCAGGUUUACCUUCCAGCAGGUUAGCUGGGGAAGUGUGGAGCUCAGCUCAGGUUAUAGGAAAGAAUCUGGUGAGAUGAUCUGUGUGAGAUUUUGAAUGCUGCCCUUAGUGCUCCUGAAAUGCCUGAGUCUGCCCCAUUCAGAAAAAGCUUGUUUGUGUCUGCUUUGAUAGCACUGCUGUGUCUGCAUUGUAGUGUAGUGUAAUCCAUUCAGCUCACUUCAAAAAGGAGCUUGUUUUUCUAGAGUAGGUGUGAAAGCUGAGUAAUGUGGUUAAGAAAGAGUGUAUAUGUUCUGUGAAUAACAGCACUUCUUUCUGUACCAUUCAGUGCACAAGUUUUUUAAAUAAGCAGCGGUGCUGCAGUCAGAGUGCUUAUUUGAACAUUUUUCCCUUAGGAUGCACAGCUUACCAAAAGUAAGUUAUGUGUGCAUUAUUCCAGCCUUUACACUGCAGAUUACUAAAGAAAAAAAAACACUCACACAAAAAACAAAAGCCAAGCACUGAUGAUGCGGAAGGUGUUCAGCAGUUUCAGUGCUGAAAGGAAAUCAAUAACUCAUAUUCUGUGAAGAGAGAAGCCCUGAAUCAAGAUUAAAAGUGCCACUCAGUGUUACUGCUUUUAGACUAGUCAGAACGUAUUCCUCCAAUCACCGUUGGACUGAAAGCUGAAAGUUUAUUUUUAAACUUCCUGCUUUUAAUUUGGAGAAUCCUUCUCAAUCAGUGAGUAACCCUGGAGCUGCUCUGACAGGCACAGAAUUGGCACAGCAUCACAGACUGGCUGAGGUUGGACAGGACUGCAGCAGGUCGUGAUUUAGCGGAGGGUUGUUACAGUUAGGGUAGGUUGUGGUUGGACUUAUCUUUAAGAUCUUUUCCAACCUGAGCAAAUCUAUGAUUCUAUGCAAAGAAAUAGCAGGAUUAUUUCUAUAACCAGAUACAUUAUUUGUUCUGGACUGUGCUGAAGAAAGGAAGCUGUCCAGAGAAUGAAUAAUGGCUCAUCUCCAUGCUGCUUUCACUGAUCUUAGUAGAUGUUUGUGUAUAUCUUAAUCUGCAGCUUUUACUUUGGAUUUAUGAGGCAUAUGGUUUAUCCACAAAAAAACCCCACCAAACCUUACUGACUUCUUAAAAGGUUGAAAGUUUGAAUGUGGCUUACUAAUUUGUUUAUAGUAACAUCUGCUCAGUUGAAUGUAAUACUUUAGUUCUGAAGCCUGCUUUCUAAGAGAAUGGGAGAAAUGUGAGUUGUCACUGCUCCCAUCGUGUAAUGAGCAGAUUUGAGUUCAAAGUAAGGGUCUUUAUAGUCCCAGCUUAGAACAGAGUCUGCCUUUGGCAAGUGGGGAACAGUUUCUCUCAGAGGGAGGUGAGGCACUGGCACAGGCUGCCCAGAGAAGCUGUUGGGUGCCCAAUCCCUGGGUGGUGACCACGUUGGAUAAAGGUUAGUCUAGUGGGAGGUGUCCUUGCCCACUGCAGAGGGCUUGGAACUAAAUAGUCUUUAAGGUCCCUUCCAACCAAACCAUUCUGUCAUUCUAUGAUAUGCUGCUAACAUUUGCUCUUUGUCCUUUUGCACUAAAGCACUGCUAUAAAUGCAGUUUCUAGAUGUACAUUUUUAGUGGACAAUCCCAAUUUGGUCACUUAGCUACUACAGAUUAUUAUUGUUAGUUUCCUUUCAGUUUCACAUAGUUGUGCGCCCUACUGAAAUCCCUAGCUAAGUAAUUCAAGGAAAAUGGUUAGCUUUCAAAUUUGUUUUCUUUUCACCCAGUGUCUUUACAGGAUUGUGCUGAUGAGUCAUCUGACAGUCAUUUUUCUUCUUUCCUGAGAACUUUGAAACUUAUUUUUUUUCUUUAUUUACGUUGUUUCUGCUUGACUGACUGAGCAUGUAACUGCUUACUGCCCACCUGUUUCUCCAUACAGAACUAGCAGCUUAGUUGUAUUUUUUUUUCUUUUUCUUUCCCCACAGACAAUAGAAACAACGCUGUUUUGGAGAGUGAAAGCCCCUCCCUCUUCUUCCCAUGCCAAAUAUCUUUGUGGACUUUGCUUUGAUCCAGUUCUCCCCUCAAGCAGUGCCUUCCCUCCAGAGAGGUUGAGAGGAAUGCCACAUCUGUGCUCACCCAUGUUGCAUGCACCAGUUCUUGUUCAGUUACAGUCCAAAUAACUGAUGGAAAUUCCAGAUAAGAAAAGUAAUGGCAGAUGUCAGAGGAUGGUGCUUUAAAAAUGAUCACAGAAUCACAGAAUGGUGUGGGUUGGAAGGGACCUGGAAGAUCAUCUGGUUCCAACCCCCUGCUAUAGGCAGGGACACCUCCCACUGGACCAGGUUGCUCACAGCCCCAUCCAGCCUGGCCUUGAAUGCUUCCAGGGAAGGAACAUCCACGUUGUGUCUGGGCAACCACUUCCAGUGUCUCACCACCCUCACAGUAAAGAAUUCAUUUCUAAUAUGUACUUGAAAUGAUGAGUAAUUUGAACUCCAGUGAAGGGCUUGAAAGCAUGAAAAGAAAUGGAGGAGAGUGUGGAGUUAAGUGUCUGAGAUAAUAACUCAGAGGUUGGUGAAGUAACAGUGAUACCUCAGGCAUCUGUGGGUAGGAGAUCAGCUGGUAAAAACUGGGUUCAUGUUGCAUGAGGGAUGCUUUCACAAUGUAGUUACCUUUACAAGAUAGUUACUCAGGCCUGAGUGUCCUAGUGGUUCUUAAGUUUGUUGUUAUGGCUGGAAAUCCCUGUGCUGAAGGAGAGCCCUACUGCUCUGUGUGCUAUCCUGUCUCACCUUGUGCUGGACAGGGCAAGUUGGUAUCCAAUAAUGGAUUUCACAAAAACCAGUCCAAAACUCUAUAUUUUCCGAGCUGAGCAGCGCAGUGAAAUGCUCUCUGUUAGGCUUUUGGUACAAGAGAAUAUGGGGGAAUGGAGUUGCUUCUCUUUCAUAUGCUAAUCGUUAAUCCAGGUUAUUGGUGGAGACCUCUGGGAAAGGAAUCUGCCUGGGCAGGUGUCCUGUCCAGUGCUGUCUAUUGCCUCUACUGCAGUAGUCCGCAUUAGGAGAGGUGGAAAUGCUCCUCACCUGAGGCUGCAAAGACAGCAGAUUAACUGUGUGUGUUUGGAGCUAGCUUCUAGCUGCCACCAGGCAGGUUUGAUGAAUCCACUUGAUGAAUCUCCUUGAUGAAACUUGGACACUCAUCAAAUAGAAGCAAUUAUUGUAUUUCAUGUCACUGUAACAAUAGAUAUCAGAAGAGAGACUGCAAGCUGCACCUUGCUGUUGGGUGUUUCUGUGGGCCUACCAUCAGAGGGCACAUCUCUCAAAGUGGUUUGAAGCAGCUGAUAAAGGUGAGCUGGCUCCUGGAGGCUGUGUCUGAUGGAGAGAGCUGACUUUUAUUCAACCCUUCUCUCGGUUUCCUGCCUGCAGGUGGCAUUAGAUAGCAAUUUGAUUGCAGGUAAUGAGAGGACUUCACUGAAUACACGUCUCUCUUUCCUGAGGCUAGUUUUACAAAAAGCUGAAGUGAAAAUGUAAAAGCACAGCCCUGGUGUAGGGAUCCUUGUGGAAGAGGUUGGCUUCUCACAUUCCUUGUACAUUGCAGCCCUACCAAUGUAUAUAUAUAUUUAACACACCGAAAUUCCUGUAUGUAACUAAAACACGAUCUGAUCCUGCUUUGGAAUCAGUAGGUAGUUGGGGGAAAGGGGAUCUUUAGUCAAAACUGAUGAUUUAAAAAAAAAAAACACUUACUCAUCCACAUCUCCCAGGAUAGCUACGGACCUGUUGGCUUCUAGAAUGGGAAAUACACACAAACAACUGGAAGGAGGUGAGUGAAAACAUACCUGAAUGGAAGCAAACAGAGAAGCCCAGUACCAGCCUUUUGAUCAUGGUAUGUAUCUGUGCCAGCAACACAGAUCAGCAGAAUUUGGUCAGUUAAAGUAAUGCUUCCCAGCUAUUGAAACUACUGGGAUUUGGGUGGGAGAAAUCAGAGGAUGGAAAGGCCACAUGAAUGUAGUGGGAUGGGCAGGUAUGGCUGCUUUGCUGAACAGCAAUAAUGCUUGUACUACUAACAGGCAUUUUCCUCUCAUCACACUGUGAUGUUUUUAGAUCUCUAUGUGUGUGCCUACUGCAGACUGCCGAUUUUGUUCUUUCUUCGUUAGCCUGGUGUCGGUACAGCUUUGGAGCAGAGCUCAAUCAUUGUCCCUUGUCCACAUUCACUGAACUGAGAGGCUCAGCCAACGCAAUUGCAAUGGCCCAUAGACCUGCCCUGGUAAGGCCAGCCUCUGCCAUGCAGGGAGCAGGGGACUGCUGCCUUCAGCUGUGCCAGUCACUGGGACAGUGUAAGAAAGCACACAGAUACUUGAAUUUUUUUUUUUUUUUUAAAUGAUUUUUUUUUAAGAAACUGCAUACAUCAGGGACAAACAAUAAUUUAAAUAGCAUGCAGUUUCAGUAUGUACAAAACCUAGGACAUAGAGAUCCAGCUUAAUUUUUUUUUCUAGUUAUUUACAUUGUUUUCAUACAGCCAUAAUCUGUUAAAUUACAAUACUGGAAGAGCACAUGAUUGACAGCCACCACACUCACUCCUAUACAAAGACAAACUAUAUACAUACACUUGGAUAUCAACUGGCAAAUGCAACUGGUGCAGGAGUAACUGGGACACAUGGGAAAGCAGGUAGUGUGCCCGUCACCUCCUCUUUGCUUACAGAAGUUGUUCCAAGCUCAAGCAGGCUGAACACCUGGGAAAAAUUAUUUGUCCCCUUUUUUCUUUCCUGAUUUUUUUUUUUUUAUCAGUGUAGUCAUUUCCCAUGGCUAUUCAAAGUGAUGGUAUUUGCAGGCACGUUAGGGAGCCCCUGUCCACAUAUAACUAUGGGUUUUCCAUCUUGCCCUAUUUUGUGUGAAUGCAAGCGUUAAUGUAACUAGGCAGGCUGGAAGUGCUCCCACUCUUGGUCUGCAGUGUUUCCACUGUACAGAUGGCACAGUAGAAAUAGUGGAUGGUGAGUUUGGUGGCCAGUUGCAGUGGUGAUGAAGUGCUGUGGUUUUACAUGUAAACCUUAGGCUGAAAUGUAUCUGUGGAAUGGGCUUACUACCAAGCUUCAGCUGACAUAAAAUUGUUAAUAAAAAUCUAUUAUAUUAUUUUUUUCCUUCUUCCUCUUUCAGUAACGUCUAGAGUGUGUACCUGGAACUGUCCAGACCAAUUGUCUGAGCCUUAUCCCAGGGAGCAUCAAGCCUAAAACUAUUUCAGCAUGCAAGUAUUUAACCAAUGGUGCCUAGGGUGGAGAAAGGCCACAACACCGACCUUCCCCCUUGAUCCUGAGUCCUUUGCCAGGUCCCUGUCAUCCAGCCCUGGCAAGAGUGUGGGUGGGAACUCAAUGCCAAUGUUGUGCUUCCUUGCCCUUGCUUUUUUCCAAAUCAUAGAACUUUCAUCUAGAAGUUCUGCAGUUGCUGUUUCAAUUCUUUCUUCCUUCCUGCUCAUUUUCCAGCUCAUCUUUCAACAGGCUAUAGGAUAGGUCUUGUUACUUGUAUAUUUUAAGUAUGAAUAACCCACAGUUCAGCAGAUAAUAAAAAAAAACUUGACUCUCGUGUAUUAUUACAUCCAUUAUCAGCCCUGGAAUACCAGUUUUUGUUCUGUGCUGACUUUUUCCAUUCUCUAAAUGUGAUGUAGUUUAUUGCUACUGCUAAUCUCUUCCUAAUACGAAUGAGAAUGACUGGUGGUAACUGAGUCUUCAGCAGGAAUGCUGUCUUUACAUAAUCCAGCCUACAUGCAACUUCCCAAGAAUGACAGAGUUGGGUCUGCCCAUUGAGGACAUGCUGUGAUAUCCAGGCACUGACAAGUUCUUGAAGAAUGCCUUGUCAUAGGAUAACUUUGCAAAAUACCCCAAACUGCUGGAGCUACAGCCAGGCGAGGUGCCAGUUCUGCAGUGCUUACUGAUGACUUAACACUUCAUAUUGCUGCUUCUUCCUCUUCCUUCUCCUUUUCAGUAACAGGCUAUACUUAUGAGUUGGGGGAAAUCCAGCAGUUCUUCCACUGUUUCCUUGUGUCUGCUUGGACUGUUAGAGUGAAUAUAAUUAAAAAAUAAAAUAAAAGCAUUGCCCUGGGGACAACAUGAAUCCUGAGGCAGCCAGAGGUCAGCAAAAACUUGCCUUGGGCCCAUUGGCCAAAGG